AUGGGCGGCGGUGAAGUCCCAAAGGGCUUCCCUCAGCCUAACCCCACGACAUCUUAUUGGCAGCUCCCUCCCCAUGCCAUAGCCCACCACCGCACGACUCCUUCCCUGCCGACAUCAACCACGUUCGACUAUGUCAUCAUCGGAUCCGGCGUGUCUGGGGCGGCAAUCGCUCAUAAGCUCCUCUCCGGCAACCCCUCACUCUCCAUCCUAAUGCUUGAAGCUCGAACUGCGGCCUCGGGUGCGUCAGGGCGAAACGGCGGCCACUGUCGCGCCGGCUGGUGGCUGAACUUUAAGGAGUACGCGACCGCUUUUGGCGAGGACGAGGCCCUCAAGUUUGAGCGACUGGAAGAGCAGAAUGUCCACGACAUUGCCCGUUUCGUGCGGGAGCACAAGGUCGACUGUGAUUUUCAGGACGUAGAGACGGCGGAUGCCUAUUACACCGCGCGGGGCUGGGCCGAGGUGCUUGAUGUGAUGCGGUACAGGGAGGAGGUGAGUCAGAGAAGGCCCGACGUGCCAUCAUCUAUCGAAAGAAGGGUAUGGCACGGCCAGGCGGCGAGAGAACAUCUGGGCUUGCCCAAUGUCCUCGGGGCGGUCACUUACCCGGCACACACCCAGAACCCAUAUCUCCUCGUGUGUAGGAUGCUGGAGUUGAGUCUGGAGAGAGGACUCAAUCUGCAAACCAACACGCCUGCACUUGCGGUGAGACCGGUAUCCGACCACGACAUUGCCCUAUGGGAGGUUCACACGCACAGGGGCGCGGCUCAAGGCAAGCGGGUGGUUCUAGCCACGAAUGCCUACACGAAUGCCCUGCACCGAGGCAUCUCCGAGACCGGUUUCCUGACGCCCUCCAGAAGCCAAGUCACGGCCAUCAGGCCCAAGGAGGAUCUAUCCAACCAUCAAGCUCGGCACAAGAGCGUCGGCGUCAACGACCGGGGCUCGGGUGACUAUUUCAUGACUCGCGCCCCGGGUCUGAAAGGUGACGGCGACGUCCUGUACGGCGGCGGCCGGAGCGUGUCCAAGACAAGGGAGAUGGGAGUCACGGACGAUUCGACCGUCAAUGCGGAAAUAGCGGCAUACCUGAAGCGUGCGGCGCCAGAUGUCUUCGGACGGCAAACGUGGGGAGACCACAGUGUAGAGAUCCGAGAUUGGUCAGGCAUCACCUGCUACACGCCGGACACCUUCCCGCUCGUGGGCGAGAUUCCCGGUGAGAAGGGUCUCUGGGCAUCGGUGGGCAUGAAUGGUCACGGGAUGGCCAUGGCGUAUCGUAGUGCAGAAGCUCUGGUGUCGAUGAUGACCACUGGUAAGGAGCCGGACUGGUUUCCAAAGUCGUUCAGGAUAUCGCGCGCCUGGACGAAGUCAACGGUGGACUUGCACCCCGAGCAGUGGCUCUAG